AGGAGCUCGGCUGCGUGCGACCAGCCCGGCCUCUCGGGCGCCUGGCGGGAGGGGAAGAGGACUGUUACUCGGCGGCUCGGAGCAGGCGCUACCGCAGUUCAGCUGGGAGUCUCUGCUGCCCGGACACACACAGCCCUCGCCCCGCCGCCAUGUCCAAGGAGGAGAAGAAGCCUUUCAGCCAGACCAUGGCCGAGUGGCGGCAGUUCGUGUACAACCCGCGCAGCGGCGAGUUUCUGGGGCGCACGGCCAAGAGCUGGGGUCUAAUCUUGCUGUUUUAUCUGGUAUUCUAUGGUUUCCUAGCAGCACUCUUUACGUUCACAAUGUGGGUUUUGCUUCAGACCCUGAGCGGAGAUAUUCCCAAAUACCGUGACCGGAUUUCUAGUCCAGGACUUAUGAUUUCACCAAAGCCAGUCACUGCAUUGGAAUUUUAUUUUAACAAGUCUGACUCCAGGUCAUAUGUAGAAUAUGUUUCUACCCUUAAACAAUUUCUAAAGUCGUAUGAUGAUUCAAAACAAUCCAAAAACAUAGCAUGUACCGCAGGAAAACUGUUUGAGCAGAAUGAAGAUCGUGCUGUUAAACAGGCAUGUCAGUUUAAUCGCACUAUGCUUGGAUCAUGUUCUGGAGUGGAAGAUGACACUUUUGGCUAUGCUAAAGGAACUCCAUGUGUGCUUGUGAAAAUGAAUAGAAUAAUUGGAUUAAAGCCUGAAGGAGAACCACAUAUACAGUGUUCACCUAAGGAAGAAGGCAAGGUUCAGAUAACUUAUUUUCCUGAUGGGGGAAUGAUUGAUUUAAUGUAUUUUCCAUACUAUGGAAAAAAUUUACACGCUGACUAUCUACAGCCGCUAGUGGCUGUUCAACUAGCAAUUAACUCCAGCAGUACCAAAGAAGAUGUAACAAUUGAGUGUAAGAUUAUGGGAUCUCCCAAUUUAAGAAAUGAAGAUGACCGUGACAAGUUUCUUGGACGAGUUUCCUUCAAAGUUCAGAUGUCUGAAUAGCAUGAGUCAAUCUCCACAAAGUAAACCUUAUGUUGUCUGGUUUUUUAUUUUAUAUCAGCUGGACGUGCCAUUCCAGGAUAUAAGACCACCUGGGAUAAUGUGGCACAUGGCGUUCAGGGUAGCAUAAUAGUGUGCUUCCAAAUCAUAUUUAAAAUCCCUCAAAAUAACUGCCUGUCAAGCUUCUGCCUGCCCCACUGGACCAGUGUACAGACCAUAGUUAUGUGAUAUUAGGGACCUGUAAAUAGUUGAUUCCAAACAUGUAUUAAUGGUGGUCUUCGUCUGUUCUAAAAUGUGGUUUUAUCCCCAAGUGACUGUCUCAAACAUAAUGUGCUGUGCUAUGUAAAUACUGUAUUGAUUUAACACUGGUUUGACUGUCAUAUCUCAACACUGAUACAGUUUUAGGGAUCAAAUGAUAAGAAUAAAUGGUACCUGACCAACAUAGUUAUUUUUAAAAAAAAACAAACAAAAAAACAACUCUGCAAGAAUUGCGUGUGUGGAGACGCCUUAAGUUCUGUACUGGGUUGGGGGAACUAAAUAAAGUGGAUUUUAAAAGUG